UGGGGUGGGGGUGGGAAAGGGGGUCAAUAUGGGGUAAUUGCUGACGGAUAAGCGUCACUUCGCCAUCACCUCUCAACCCAGUCGGACGUCGAAGCCUCAUCUCCAAGAAUGGAGCAAGCUAACAAACAUUUCAUCUUGAGAACUGCGGAACGCAUCUCUUUCCGCUUUGAUAUCUAUCUGGGCGAUGCUGGGGGUAAGCGAAGCCGUGCUGACCAUGAGGAUGUCAAUGUGGAGAAAAUGUCAGAACCUGCAAAGAAGAAAUUGAUCUUUAGUGAUGACGACAUGUCGCCACUGCCGGCCAGCCCACCUCCUGACGCUCCAUCAGGACAGGAGUCGCAACAGCAGCAGCCGACAUCGCAGUCGAUUCCGCCACCUCAGGAGUCGCUGAUGCCACCUCCGACCGAAGCACAGCCGCAACGGUCAGAUGAGUCGACAGUAGGCGGCAAAGAGGGUCAGGAGGUGAAGAAGAAGUCGCAGGAAAACAGAAAAAAAAAAAAUAUUCCCCCUAACACGCCAGAGGACGACAGCACACCAAAACUCCCCGUUGCUCCAGCCGCCCCUCGUAAGAAGCUGGUUCCUAGAGUUAUUAAAACUACGCCCGUCAUUGACAGCGAUGACGAUGAUCUCUUCGCCUUCAAUUCGCAAAUGUUUUGAAUGAAAGAGAUGUAUUUGCCCUAAUAAGCAAUGAGCUGUAUUUGUCCUAAUAAAAAUAAAAUGUUCCAUCGACUCUGCAUAACCUUUCUAAUAAUAAUAAUAAUAAUAAUAAUAAUAUUAAUAAUAAUAAUAAUAAUAAUGAUAGUAAUAAGACCGCCAUCCGACAUAAGUAUUACGUCAGCCAUGCCGCUGGUGGUCGGUGAAAGUGGAAGAGGCCGCCGCUCCGCCCUGGCCGUCACAGACGCUUUCUCCAGGUAAAAAGGAUGGACAGGUAACGGGAUCUCGUGCGGCAGUCGCGACGACCUUGACCAUAGGGGAUGUAUUGAGACGUCGGAGGGAACGCGUGAUGGCAACACUCGGUCAUCCCACCCUCCAGGAUUCCGUGAAUGAAAGGGAAAGGGCGACUUCUAUGGCAAGCGCCGUCAGAGUCCCCCUAAUCACGCGUGUGUGGCGGGCGGCUGCCACGUCUGCCCGCCAGCCCCCCCAUCACCUCUCCUCCCCCCCUCCACCCCCUUUUCACUCAAUUAUUUUCCGCCCACCAUCAUUGAUUCAUUAGUCAUUCCAUCGUCGCCGAAGCAUAAGGACGCACGCCCCCUCACCUCUCCGUCAGUGUCGCCGUCACCGUCCCUCCCCCCUCCCUCCCCCCCCUUGGUGUUUGCCGUC